AUGGAAUCUUUGACCGUUUUGAAUGAUUGCUUUCACACAAGUCCUUCCGGUGGUUUCAAAGGCCACGGUGCUAUUCGUCGUGCCCAAUUUCUCACUCGCAAAACCAAAAACCUGAUCACAUUUAAUAAUCUCUUCUUGUUUGGCAGACUCGCACUUUUUCGAGCGAAACCGCGUCUUAUUGGGGGAGUGCUUCUUGACGUGGGCUGUGGGACUGGCAUUCUAUCCAUAUUCGGUGCAAAAGCUGGAGCUAGCCACGUUUAUGCUAUCGAUGCAACAUCUAAUCUCUGUGAAUUGGCUCGUGAAAUCAUUGCCGAAAAUGACCUUUCCUCUCGUAUUACUGGUGAGUAUAGCUUCACAAUUGCUACCACUAUUGCCGUACACGAUAACACGUAA